CUGGCAAGUGCGAAGCUGGGGCCGCCACAGCCGAGCCGGGAACGGCGUUUGCCCGGGCCGAGGCGGAAGCCGGAGCAUUUGGAGGACGGGACCGCGGGAACCCGGAAACGCCUGGGCUGCACCAAGCUGGCAACAGCGACGGCGGCGGGAGCUGGCGGCGCUGCGGGUCAGCGGUCGCGGCGGACCCGGCCGACUCGGCAGCCUGGGUCGCCCGGCGUUGCUGAGCCGCAGCCCCCAGUGCGCGCAGCCGGAGGAGCUGCGCGGGAGGCAAAUGAAAAUAAAACAAUGUCUGCCAACCUGAAAUACCUUUCCUUGGGAAUUUUGGUCUUUCAGACUACUAGCUUGGUUCUAACGAUGCGUUAUUCUAGGACUUUAAAAGAGGAGGGACCACGUUAUCUAUCUUCUACAGCAGUGGUUAUUGCUGAACUUUUGAAGAUAAUGGCCUGUAUUUUAUUAGUUUACAAAGACAACAAAUGUAGUCUAAGAGCACUGAACCGAGUACUACACGAUGAGAUUCUUAAUAAACCCAUGGAAACACUUAAACUUGCUAUUCCAUCAGGGAUAUAUACUCUUCAGAAUAAUUUACUCUAUGUGGCUCUGUCAAAUCUAGAUGCAGCUACUUAUCAGGUCACAUAUCAGUUGAAAAUUCUUACAACAGCGUUAUUUUCUGUGUCUAUGCUUAGUAAAAAAUUAGGUGUGUACCAGUGGCUUUCCCUAUUAAUUUUGAUGACAGGAGUUGCUUUUGUUCAGUGGCCCUCAGAUUCUCAAGAACUUGAUUCUAAGGAACUUUCGGCUGGCUCUCAGUUUGUAGGCCUCAUGGCAGUUCUCACAGCAUGUUUUUCGAGUGGCUUUGCUGGUGUUUAUUUUGAGAAAAUUUUAAAAGAAACGAAACAAUCAGUAUGGAUAAGAAACAUUCAGCUUGGUUUCUUUGGGAGUAUAUUUGGAUUAAUGGCUGUGUACAUUUAUGACGGAGAAUUGGUAUCCAAGAAUGGAUUUUUUCAGGGAUAUAACCAAUUGACCUGGAUAGUUGUUGCUCUUCAGGCACUUGGAGGCCUUGUAGUGGCUGCUGUUAUUAAGUAUGCGGAUAAUAUUUUAAAAGGAUUUGCAACAUCUUUGUCUAUAAUAUUAUCAACACUGAUAUCCUAUUUUUGGCUACAAGAUUUUGUACCAACCAGUGUCUUUUUCCUUGGAGCCAUCCUUGUAAUAACAGCAACUUUCUUAUAUGGUUAUGAUCCCAAGCCUGCAGGAAAUCUCACUAAAGCAUAGCCAAAAACUGUCUUUAACUGGUUUUUCAAGAUGGUGCACUAGAAAUCUCGACAUUAAUCUUGCACGGAGGACUUCUACAGAUUCUGAAGAUAUUAUCAUGCUAAAUCUGAUCAGAUUUUUUAAAAUGGUUUGAGAAUACACAGGUUUAAAGAUAAAAUGUGUACUGUAUAUGUAACAAAAUAUAUUACAUCUAGAAAUCAAAACUUGAAAGUUAUUCCGGGGAUUAGAAUGAAAAGAAAUAUGGGAGGAAACUUGAAAUCUGAGUUUAGAAAGAUUUUACCUUUUUGAUUGCUGCAGAAAUGUCCUAUGCACUCUUUGCAAGAGCACACAAAUGUCCUAAAUCAAUUUUUGCAAACUCUAUUUAAUCUUACUAAAUUUUUUAAUCUCAUUGUUUCUGUACAGAUAUAUAAAAUCACAUGGAAUAUUUAAAGUUUGAAAAUUCUAAUUACCUAUAAUGCUGUGAAAAAAAUGGAAGUCUGAUUUGAAGAAAAUAUUUGACAUACCUGAGAUUUUUAUAUUUAUACAAAAUGUUACUAAACGUUACUUGUUAAACUACAUAAAAAUUGAUUAAGUCACAUUCUAGGUCUGAUUUGUUAGAGAAUCAAAUUCAUAUUUAGCGUAGAAAUGCAUCUGUUUCUCCAUAUAUACAUCUUUAGACCAUUUAGUACUUAGAGACAGCUGAAAGUAAUCUGGUUGCUCUUGUAGUAGUAACCAUUGACUUUUAUGCUAAUGGAGUUUCCCCCUUCUUCCAUUUCUUUUCUGUAAGUCAGGUGAAUCCUUAAUAUUGGUUUAAAUUCAAUUCAUUUGUAUUAAUUGCUAUUAAAGUUUUAAUUUAAUGGGAUUAAAUCUUCAUUUAGUAAUUUAACAUAAAAUUAUUGUCUAAUAUCUCCAUUUGGAGAAUUUUGAAUUAUCAAGCAUAUACUGUAUACCAUUAGAAGUUUUUACAAGAAUAUCUUACUCAUUGCUCUGUCAAAACUUUCUUUAAUCUACAAUUGUUGAUAAAACAACCAAAAGAAUAGUAGUACACAUGUCAGUAGACGGAGACCAUAAUGACUUUUCUUAGAAACAUUUCCAAUUGCUGUAUUAGAUUAUUUUAUAUGACUCUAUGACUUUAAAGCUACUCAGAAGUUUUAGACCUCUGAUAAAACCCAUUGACCCCGGUAAUACUCUGAAUACAUGACUGGGAAAGGUAGCUGACUCCUGAGUUCCUUUCUGUGUCCCCACAGAGCUGCUGGGAAGGUGCCACCAUUUUGUUUUAAAAUAGUGAUUUUUUUUUUUCUUUUUAACACUGGAGUUGAGGAUGCAAAUUACAUGAGUUAUUUAAUAAAUUUACUCAAGGGGAGAGAAUAUUUUAUAAAUCAGUAAAUUGGUGAGCAAAAAUGCUUUCUGAAAUUGGAAUAUGGGUUUAAUUUAAUUAUUGACUGUAGACAGAAUUACCUGUUGAGUAUAUGAAGUAUUUUAGUUUAUUUUUUCAUUCAUGCUGUAUAUAUGUUUAAAAAUCUGUUCUAAUAGAUGUAAAAGCUAUAAUAAAAUAAAUAUUUUUAUAUA